AUGCCUCCCGAUCGUGGCCGCGCAUCUCGGGCCUGUAUUGCCUGUCGGAAGCAGAAGACUCGAUGCUACGAAGCAGGAAACCCGAAUGGCGCUUGUCUGCGAUGUGAGCGCCUCCGUCGCAAAUGCUCCUUGGUUCAAUCUCCAGUCCCCGAGACAUCCAAAACUCUCCCAGAUCCAGAGACUGCAGCUCGUCUCGAUCGACUCGAGAGAGCCGUUGCUGCAUUGGUUGAUCGACUGGGCGAGGACCCCAUCCAAGCCAUCAACCCAUCUGAGAAUCCAGUAAUCAAUGACAAUAGCAACGCCACGAAGAACACUCCCGACGCCCCAGUCAUCGUGCUCCGAGACCUGGCAGACAACCCACCAGUCCCUGAUUCUCCAUCGACGCCUUCAUCCCUCGACGAUCUAGUCGACCCCGACCUUGCCUUGACUCUAAUCACCAUAUUCCACACUCACUACGGCCGAUGGGUCCUUUUCGAUCCAUCCUCCACUCCUCGGACCAUCCUUCCCCAGAUCCAAAAAUCCCCCCUUCUGCUAUCAGCCUGCUACCUCAUCGCCAUCCGCCACACCUCCCCAGCCCUGGCAACCAGCCUUGCCCCCAAACUCUACGAAUCCAGCCGCUCCCACAUCUCCACCGCCCUCCUUACAGCCCCUCAACCCAUCGAAUUCUUCCAAGCCGCUAUAAUCUUAUGUCUAUGGUCCACAACCGUCGGCCAAACCCCCUUGUCUAUCGACGGCUGGCUCCUCAGCGGCUUCGCUCUCCAACACAGUGAAUCCAGCCCGCUAUUCAACCCAUCACCCUCCCAGGCCCUCAACCACCGAUUCCUAUGGAACCAUCUCUGUCUCGCGCACUUGCAUUACUGCGUCGGCACCAGUCGAAAGCCCAUACUCCAGGAGACACAAAUCACCCAAUGCAAAUCAACAAUCACAUCAGACCAAACCACGAAUUACGAGACUCGUAUGUCUGUAACAAAACUUCAAAAUUGGAAAACAGAGUGGAGGGGAGUUCUCGGUUCGAUUUCCAUCCACCCAUCUAGACACCCAUCAACACUAAGAACACAACUAACACAUGAAUGAAUGAAUGAGUGAAUCCAGACCAACCCCGAUCCCAGUUCCUCCAAAUGGGCUUCCACUUCUCCACCCUUCUCUUAUAUAACCACUCCCAACCCACACCCACAACAACCCCAUCCCCGUCCUCCCCUCCUCCAUCCCCAACCUAACCCACCACGCCACAACAAUCAUCCAAACCGCCAUCGACACCGAAGAUGCCCGCACCCGCCACCUAACAGACCACAUCUACCACAUGAUCACCUUUGCCGGGAUCGUUAUCUGUCGAUUACUCCCGCACCAUCAUCACCAUCAACC